AUGAGGUUAUUCUUGAUCAGACACGGCGAGACCGUCCACAAUGUCGCAGGAGUCUAUGCUGGCAUCACAGACUCUGCCCUCACGAACCAUGGAGUGCUUCAAGCUGCUCGACUUGGUGCUCACCUCGCAGCAACAGAUGUAAAGGUCUCCCAUAUCUUCUCUUCUGACCUGCAGCGUGCAGCCAAUACCGCCGAAGCUAUUCGAGUCGCGCAAUCCCCUACCCCACAAGCCGUCGUCCAGCUCCAUCUGCUUCGCGAACAGGACUUUGGGUUUUACGAGGGCAAGACAUUCAGUCAACGUCCUCGGGAUCCGAGUGGGAGAGAUGUACAUCUCGAUGCCCACCGGAACGAUCCUGGGUUUCGAGACGUCGAGUCAAAAGAAUCCAUGAUGGCUCGGGUGGAUGCCUUCGUCGAUGUACAUCUUUUUCCACUAUUUGCCGUGGUCCGGGACGAGCAUUCAAUCGUUGUCGUCGCGCAUGGUAUAAUACUAAAUUAUCUUUGGAGAAGCAUCUUGAAGCGAUUCCCCCCAGCAAAUGUAGCUAUAGCUACGUCUGCUGACCGUGGUCUGAGUCUAGAUUACAUAGGAGGUUGGUCGAAUACUGGGGUGUUGGAUCUCGAGGUCAAACUGAGACCCGGGGUCAUUCCAGUGCAAGAGAAGCCUACCUAUGGGCCCCCUCUCGAAGUUCCCCCCACACUCUCAUCGGCAGAAGCAGGGCCACCAGAGCUGUCGCAACAGUCUACAGGUGUUUCAUCAUCAGCUACAAUUUCUGCCCCAGUCUCUCGCCCAGUGCUCUCACAUAUAUUACUUACGGUAAAGGCAGUGAAUAGCUUGGAGCAUCUGAAUGGGUUGAAGAAGACUCGAGGUGGUAUUGGUAGCUUGAAGCAUGACCCAAGCCAGAAGACAAUGGAUUCGUUCUUCAAGAAGAGAACGGAUUGA